GCGGGCCGGGAGGCGCCGCACUCGCCAGCGGGCGGGGGAUCCGCUGCGGAGUUACGGGGAAGUUGGUUGGAGUUCCUGGAGUUUCCUUCUGUGGUUCCCCGGGCUCGGCCGGCCGGUGCCCCGGCUCUUUGCCCGCUCCGACCUUCGCCGGCCACCUGGUACCUCCUUCUGCCCCCAGCCGCCAUGGAGCAGCCGCCGGCGCCCAAGAGUAAGCUAAAAAAGCUGAGUGAAGACAGUUUGACUAAGCAGCCUGAAGAAGUUUUUGAUGUACUAGAGAAACUGGGAGAAGGGUCUUACGGAAGUGUGUUUAAAGCAAUACAUAAGGAAUCUGGUCAAGUUGUGGCAAUUAAACAAGUACCUGUUGAGUCAGAUCUUCAGGAAAUAAUCAAAGAAAUUUCCAUAAUGCAGCAAUGUGACAGCCCAUAUGUUGUAAAGUACUAUGGCAGUUACUUUAAGAACACAGACCUCUGGAUUGUUAUGGAGUACUGUGGAGCUGGCUCUGUCUCGGACAUAAUUAGAUUACGAAACAAAACAUUAACAGAAGAUGAAAUUGCAACUAUUCUUAAAUCUACUUUGAAAGGACUAGAAUAUUUACAUUUUAUGAGAAAAAUACACAGAGAUAUAAAAGCUGGAAAUAUUCUCCUCAAUACAGAAGGACAUGCAAAAUUGGCGGAUUUUGGAGUUGCUGGUCAGUUAACAGAUACAAUGGCAAAACGCAAUACUGUGAUAGGAACUCCAUUUUGGAUGGCUCCUGAGGUAAUUCAAGAAAUAGGCUAUAACUGUGUGGCUGACAUCUGGUCCCUUGGCAUUACUUCUAUAGAAAUGGCGGAAGGAAAACCUCCUUAUGCUGAUAUACAUCCAAUGAGGGCUAUUUUUAUGAUUCCCACAAACCCACCACCAACAUUCAGGAAGCCAGAACUUUGGUCUGAUGAUUUCACCGAUUUUGUUAAAAAGUGCCUAGUGAAGAAUCCUGAGCAGAGAGCUACUGCAACACAACUUUUACAGCACCCUUUUAUCAAGAAUGCAAAACCUGUAUCAAUUUUAAGAGACCUGAUCACAGAAGCCAUGGAGAUCAAAGCUAAAAGACAUGAAGAACAGCAGCGAGAAUUGGAAGAGGAAGAAGAAAAUUCGGAUGAAGAUGAGCUGGACUCCCACACCAUGGUGAAGACUAGCUCGGAAAGCGUGGGCACCAUGCGGGCCACAAGCACGAUGAGUGAAGGGGCCCAGACCAUGAUUGAACAUAAUAGCACAAUGUUAGAAUCUGACUUGGGGACCAUGGUUAUAAACAGUGAGGAUGAGGAAGAAGAAGAUGGAACUAUGAAAAGAAAUGCGACUUCACCACAAGUACAAAGACCAUCUUUCAUGGAUUACUUUGAUAAACAGGACUUCAAGAAUAAGAGUCAUGAAAACUGUAAUCAGAAUAUGCAUGAACCCUUCCCUAUGUCCAAAAAUGUUUUUCCUGAUAACUGGAAAGUUCCUCAAGACGGAGACUUUGACUUUUUAAAAAAUCUAAGUUUAGAAGAACUACAGAUGCGGUUAAAAGCGCUGGACCCCAUGAUGGAACGAGAAAUAGAAGAGCUUCGUCAAAGAUACACUGCGAAAAGACAACCCAUUCUGGAUGCAAUGGAUGCGAAGAAAAGAAGGCAGCAAAACUUUUGAGUCUAAUUUCUUUUCUGUUUGUUUCUAUGACUAUUCUGGAGACCAAGAAACCACUAAGAAUUGAAGGAAUAUUAUGAUUUUUUUUUUUAAUCUCUUAAGAUUUGUGCUCUAUGACCAGGCAACAGUCAAAAACUGAUGAUGGUACAAACCCAGGUAAAUCCCCAAAAGACAGAACUUAAUACUCUUUCCACUGUGUUUUCAUUCUUAAAUGAUGGACACAGCAGAAAUGCAUUCUUCUCUGCAUCUGUCAGCUGCAUACUGGCACUAAAACUGUGUUGUAAAAUGAAGGCUGUGUUUAGAAACCUUGAAAAUCCAAAGCUAUUGUUUAAUUGUACAGCACCGAAGGGCUUUAUGUUACAAUAUUCUUUAUUCUCUUUUAGUAGCCUAUUUAUUGUAUCCCUUUAGGUAAAUUUAUUUAUUUAUGCUAUUUCACUUUGUUUUGUUUUUUAAGGACAAGAUCAGGAUAGCUUUCGUGAAGGUAGGGACAUAUUAAUAGAUGAUAAUGUACAACCAAAUUAUACCGUAAGCAGGGAGCUAUGGGGUUACUUACAUUCCUUGAUUUCCAGGAUAGUUUUCCAAUAGAAGCAAAGCAAUAAUAGCAAUAGUACACAAAUGGGCCAGACAUUUUUUAUACUGAAGCAAUAAUUCCAUUUUUACCUUCUGAAAUUUUAAUUUUUUUAUUUUUGAUGUUUGGUACAAAUAGGACUUUGUAUAUUUAGGUCAUACAGAGCUAUAAUGUUUAAAACCAAAGAAAUCAGCGGAACCCUUGCACAAAAAAGUAUGGUAAAUAUUUUUAAAGAAAUAAAUCCUUAAGACAAAUGUAAUUGUUAAUAUUGUUUCAUGUGUAGGUCUGAUAGCUAAACUGUAUCAGAUUGUAAUAAGCUAAUCAGAUUUAUUUCUGUGAGUAUGUGAUCAACUGUUACAGACUCUUGUUGAUUUCACUUAUUUCCUGGGAAUUGGUAAACGUCAUGUGCCUGACGAUAACAAAAUAGCAAAAACAUUUUUACUGAACUGUGCAAGCCUUGGGGACUGAAAAAAAAAAGAUUAAAACCAUUAAAAAGAAACUCAUUUCUAAGCUGAAUGAUCAUUUGCAGGAUUGAACUGGGACCAGUCAUUUCCUAAACUACAUAUGGCCAUCUUGACAGCAUUUGUUCUUUUGUGUGUUUAAUUACUAUGUUUAAAUCAUAAAGACAAAUAAAUGUUACUGUGCCACCCAACACAUUUCAUCUCUAUCUUUUUUUAAAACUGAUGACCUGGAUUCUGUCUCUUCCAGGCAAGGAAGGUAUAUUAGUCAGGACAGGCUAGAUUAUACAGUGAUAAAAACUCUGAACCUUCAGUGACUUAACAUAACCCAGGUUAUUUGUCACUCAUGUGCCCUGCUCCUGUCCUUCACACCCAGGGACCCUGCUGACAGAGCCUCCACCAUCUGCAACGUUGGUGGUCACCACAGCAAGGGAAGGAGCCCUGAUGAGUCUCACAUUAGCUCCAGCCAGCCAGUGACAGAAGGUGUGUCAUCUCUGGAAACUUCUAUUCCUUUUUAAAAUGGCAUUUGUGCCCCAGGUAAUGCCUGGAGUAACAUUUGUCCUUGCCGCGUUAAGUCCUUACAAAUAGUAAAUUGUGUAAUUGGAUACAAAUUAUAAGAUAGUUAUAAAAUAGUGGUAAAUAUUGAAGAUUUUAUAAGGACUAUUAAAAAUGAAAACUGAAUUUACAGCAUAUGCUUCAGCUACAUCUGUUUGGGAAAAUCAGAUGAGUCAAUCAACUCAAACACCCCAUCCUUUUUUUUCCUUUCUUAAUUGUUUUUCUUUUCAGUCAACUGCCUAAUACCUCGCCUAAUUUGAUGGAAACAAAUGACUGACUUGUUAUUAGCCAAGUAAAGCCACCUACGUGAAAUGACAAGAAAUCUAUGAAGGUGAUUUCUCUCUAGUUUGCUAAGCUAGAAAAGUUAUGCAAAUUAAUUCAAUGGGGCCUGUUAACUACUCUUACUAAUAAAGUCUCAACAAGAGUCCUCCUUUUAAUAAUAAGUAUCCCAUGUUCCAAUCGUAUUGUAACUUUUAUGUGAAUAGACUUUAUAUACUGUUGUUAUAUUUGUCUUUUUAAAUAUAUGUAUACUAACGUAUGUAUAUGUCUAUGUAACUCUCUUA